CCCGCUGUGUCAGGGCGGUGGUCUGGGUCCGGUAGCGCUGGGCGACCGGCUGGCAGCGGAGCGGGCAGCCCGCGUUAGAGGUAGGCUGACGUCCCGUCGCUUUCAGCAGGUCCUAGCCCUGCGGGGGAAGGCGCGGCCGCGGUGCCCCAUGCCAUCCGAGAGCCCCUGCGUGGUUAAAACCUGCCAGCGUCGGAGGGGAGCAGCGGGAGGCGAUCCCUCAGCGUGACUGCCCCUGGGCCAGCCUCCCCGCUGCCCCCAGCCAUGGAGGGGGGUGGCUUGGAGUGGCUGCUGGUCCCGAUUCACCAGCUGGUGUCGUGGGGUGCCGCGGGGUCCAUGGUGUUCGGCGGAGUGGUGCCCUACAUUCCCCAGUACAGAGACAUCCGGCGGACCCAGAACGCAGAAGGCUUUUCCACCUACGUCUGUCUGGUGCUGUUGGUCGCGAACAUCUUGCGGAUACUUUUCUGGUUUGGAAAGCGUUUUGAAUCCCCUCUUUUGUGGCAAAGCAUUGUCAUGAUCAUUACUAUGUUAUUGAUGCUGAAACUGUGUACUGAAGUACGUGUGUCCAACGAGCUAAACCUAAAACGACGCUCUUUUGCAGCUGCAGAAGGUAAGGAUGAAGAAAUCAAAGCAUUUCCCAAGAGAUCCUUUCUGGAUUUUGACUUGAACUAUUUUUGGCACUGGAGCAAGUUUACAGACUACGUGCAGUGUGUCCUGCUCUUCACUGGUGUGACUGGUUACAUUACUUACCUGUGGCUUGACUCCUUUCUCUUUGUGGAGACACUGGGCUUCCUGGCAGUGUUCACUGAGGCUAUGUUAGGUGUUCCCCAGCUCUACCGGAACUACCGCAAUAAGUCCACAGAAGGAAUGAGUGUCAACAUGGUGCUGAUGUGGACCAGUGGAGACACGUUCAAGACUGGUUACUUCAUCUUGAAUAAGGCCCCUUUCCAGUUCUCCAUCUGUGGACUCCUGCAGGUUUUUGUGGACAUUGCUAUCCUAUUGCAGGUUUACUUUUACAGGUACUACCCUCAGAAGCCCGUGUCUCACACUGGACAUCCAGCCAGCACCAAGGCUCUGUGAGGCACUUAGCUGGACAGGUUGUAGGUCAAUGGUGCUGCAGAGUUGGCUGUGGCAGUUCCUGCCUCUUACCCUUGUAAAUAGUCCCAUGUUGCCGAGUUGAAAGCAGAUAUGAGAAUAAGGAUUGAAAAUCUGGCAGCACUUUCAGCUCAGGAGGUUUUAUUUUAAAUAACUUGCUCUGUUUUCAGACAUAACUGUACAGAACGGUUUCUUGGUGGUGGGAGGGGCACUAUUUUUUUGCAUAUGUACCUAUGAGCCUUAUCAAUUCACAAAGUUUGUAUAUUUAAUCACAAGGGCUGGAUGGCUUGUGGUUUUAAUGCUAUUUAAGAAUGUUACACCACAGAAAUGGUAGGAUAGUUUGUCUGAAACUUCUACCUAUUUAUAUAAUAUGAAAUCUGUACAUUGGCAGGAAGUUUGUGAUGAAUCCUAGCAUUCACUGUCUUCACGAUGUAGGAAGAAGUAUUGAAGAGCAAAUGCAGGAGCUUUCUCUUUUCUUUAAGAAGGGUGUCUGGUGAGGAGAGGUCAGGGCAGGAGAGGUGAGCAGCCAGAAACUAACCAGUGUAAAUGGCAGAUGUUCAGCCCUGCUGUGAGUGUGGCAGGCAGAGACAUCAAGUAGAUGAUGGAGGUGUGAGUAUGAAUGAUGCUGGAGCCAUGAUCAGAGCAGGCACAGCCUGUCAUGUGGUCAGCCAAAAGGAGGAGCUGACAGGAGACUACAGGUAACCUAGGCAAUGGUGCUUUGAAAUGAUGGGGUUUGGGAACAGCCUACCUUGCACUUAGGUGGCAGCAUUGCUCCUGCCACUGUGCACAAGCCAGAGCUGGGCUGUAGCAGAAACCAAGGACCCAGCAGAUGCAUGUUGCCAGUAUUGCCAGGCAAGUAUUUUUAGAUGCUGAUUUAGGCACAGUAGAAGCAACUCCACUUCCAUUGCCUCAGAAGAGAAAGUGAAAAAGUGUGAGACAGAGAAAAGCCCUGUCUUAUGGAGUGGAGUUAGAAUCUGUCAGCUUGAUUAGUUGAGGCUGAGAUUCAUGUUCAUUUUGCUUAAUGCCACACAAGAGCCUUUUUCUGUUCUGGGAUGUUUCUUGCAUUGACCCAACAAGGAAAGCAUCCACUUUUUUAUGUUGCUUAAGAUCUUCUAGGCUCCUAGAAGAAUCAGCAUUCCCACUCAGAGGAAGUGAGAAAGCUGAAAGAGAGUUUAUUUAUAAGUGCAGAUGUUGUCUAUAAUGGCUGUUUGCCAGUGACGGUCACUGUGCCCUGUCUGAGAACUGCACGUGUCUAGCAGCUGCAGGUGGUGUGGACCCAUAUGGGGCUGUGAGCAAACCUCUGGGCUUCUGCCAGUUCAUGAGACUGCUCUGCUUGGUAUGAGGCAGCCAUAGCAGGACAUUUAGUCACAGGAAUUGCUAUGCUUGUGCUGCUCUCCUCUUAUGAACGCUCCUUCCCUCCUGCUGGGUGAAUCCCAUCUGACCAUAGGCAAGGUGUUCAGAACUGGGACAGAUUUUUGACAAUCUUUUUUUCCUCCAAGAUUAACCCAAGAGCUUGUGUUUUCUUACCAAUGGCAGGAAGUCUGAGGUUUAGUAGCUUCAGUGUAUAAAUCAGAUACUUCCCCUACCUGUUCUAUUUGGGAACCUCACGGUUCUUCUUGACUGUUUUCCUAAGUAGCAAUCUCUGGAGGCUGCAGCAGUGUUUUAGUGACACUGGGUUGGGAACAUCCAUCAUAAGAGUGGGCUGUUCUGUGCUGCUUUACAGACUCACGCCCCUCUCACUCUCCAGGUAGCCCCAGGCUGACAUGGGAGCUCCCACUGCACGUUCCAUUUGGUUUUGGAGCAUGCAUAUUGGUGGUGGAGGCCCAAACCUGCAGGCAGAAGUCAUGCUCUGGGGCCAAGUUGUCCUGCCUUUUGGUGGGGGCACUGCUGGAGGUGAAGGGGCAUCCUCAGGAGUCACU